AUGACGGCUGAGCGCGUGGAGAGUGUUCUUGAGCUUCUUACUUACACCAAAGGCGUAACUGGUGUUGUUGUGUGCAACCGCGACGGGCAACCCAUACGCGACAGUUUUCAGGACUUAGACCGCACGAGGGCGAUGGAAUACGCCGAUAUGGCCGCAGAACUGGCACGCGAGGCGGCUCCAUUGCUUUAUGCGGACGAUACUCUAGACUCCCUGCGAGUACGCUCUCGCACAAGCGAGGUAAUUAUCAAGUGCCACGACGAGUUUCUGCUGGUUGUUAUUCAGGAGUUCUCCGAGUGA